AAGGCCAACAAUUGCUUAACUAAAUCACCAGCGAUCGAAAAGUACUUACUACAACAAGUCAUCCCGGCAUCAUGUUGAAAUCCACGAUUCUUUUCCAGAUUCUUUGUUUGCUUUUCGUAUGGACAAAUUUCGUCUGCACGUUGAAAUACGAUGGUGAUCUCGACGAAGUUGUUGGUGGUACUACAGUUCUGAAAGGUGCUCACAAAUACAAGGCGUUGAUUCUGAAAACGAAAGGCACUGAGACCACGCUAUGUGGCGGGACAGUGAUAAGUGAAAACCACAUUCUCACGUCGGCCAGCUGCGUUGAUGCGAAACCCUAUGACAAAUUACAAGUCAUUGUGCGAGUUUACACCAUCGUCCCAAUGGAUUCAACGAGAAUCAUUCGUUACGUCUUAGACACAGACAUUCAAAUCCACAAAGAUUACAACAAAUUGACUAGAGUAAACGAUAUCGCUAUUCUGCGAAUGAGCUCUCCUCUUGACCUAACGCUCAUCGCAAAAGUAACGUUGCCACCAGAGGCAGCAAGCAGUCCGUCGUAUGCUGGAACCACUGGAAUAGCCACUGGUUGGGGUAUUACACUCAGCAAUGGAACAAGUGUUGCGCGAUCAAUGCAACAGGUUAGCUUGCAGAUACGGGAUAAAUUGGCUUGUGAAGCCCUUCAUGACAACUACGAUGACAAAUUGCAGUUAUGUACGUACACUACUGGGAAAUCCAUUUGCUUGGGAGAUUACGGUGGACCCAUUUUAGUAAAUGGAGUGCAAGUCGGAAUCAGUAGCUACGUUAAAGUUUUCAAUGGUAAACCUGCUUGUGAGAGGGGUGCGGUCUUCACGCGUGUUUCCACCUAUGUCAACAAUGGGUGGAUUGUGGAGAAUAUGCUGAACGGGGAAGAAAUCAAUCCUAUCGUAGUUCCCACAGAACCAACUACAACUACCAAAGCUCCAUAAGCACAAAUGCAUAAGUUCCACCUUCUGGUGUCGUCAGAUUUUCGCAUUUUGAUUUCUUUUAAUACUUCUGGUUACCUAUCCCCACAUUGGCUCUAUCCUUAUAGAAACAAAAGUUUAAUAAUUUUUCUGAGACUAGAAAUAAAUAAACUGAAGCAUCCAUCUACACAGUUAAA